AACCAAAGCCGUGAUCUGUCGUGAACAAAGUCUCCAGUGCAACCAAAGCCAAUUCCACUAAAGGGCUGAAGAUCACAUCACGCAAAAAAAGGAAGAGAUUGACUGGAGCUCUUUAAGAUACAAGAGAAACAGAAGAGAACGGAAAACUACCUAGCCGAUGGACUCUUCGCUGCCUGAGGUUUGGCAAACUGCCGGUGCUAGCAGUGCUUUCCUCCCUGCUAUCGCCAAACAGUCGCAGUUCACACUUGCCUUUGCUCUGCUUCUGAUCGGUCUCUUGCUCGCUGGCUUUUUUGCUCUUAACCGUUCGUUCGUGAGCAUUCCCCUGCUGGGUGUGCCUGCCUCUAUCACCAUUGCGCUCGGCACGGUUUACAUGUUCUGCGCAGUCGGAGUCUACGUUUGAGAUACCCUAUAAGCAACCUGACAUUUCGUUUUCCGGAACGGUUGGCAUCGUCUGCCUUGUACAUUAGAUACCUACUACGAGACUACGAGAAGACCAUCCUACGCCCUUUAUAUUUCCCUAUCCGGUGAUUUCUGCUUCCGACACUACCUUCUCUUUUUUUUUUUUUUCUUUUUUUCUUUUUUCCGUCGCUUCCCGGCAUUAUGGCCGAUGCCUCGGCGACCCGUGGCCCAAUGGCUCAACCUCUCUUUCGCGCCGUGGCUACCUCGACACGCCCGCUCUACCAAUUACUAAGAUGCGUCAAUUUUACCAACAAGAUCCACGUUCUGAUAACCGAAGAGGGCAUCAGGUUUUCGGCCGAUC